UCACACGCAUAGCUGAAAAUUAUCCCCGGAGCUGCGCUGGUGGUAAUGUCACGUGAUCAAGUGACUUCAUCAUUUAUUUUUUCAUUGCUAUUGGUGUCAUUCCACCUGAAGGGUGUGCUCUGCUUCGCAACGCGAAGUUCACGGAAUGCACGUAGGGAAAUUCACUGUGGCGUCGCGAUUGACGAAAUGUUCUCAUUGCCUUUGUAAAGCAUUCUCCGGGAGCAUUAUCCAUUACUGACUACCGUACGGAUCCAGUCUCUGAACUCUUACACGAUUGACAUCGUGUCUGUCACUGUCAUUAACAACUGUACGAGCAUAGGGCGUUAAGUUUCUACCUUCUGAUCAAGUCAACCUUACAUCCGACGGGUUAUAUCUACCGUGCAAAGAUGAGGGAGUUUACAUUGUCCCUGGCGUUCUCUGUUCUGGUUGUUAUGGUGUCUGGCCAGCUUCAACCAGAUUAUAUGGCGCCAUUUACAAAUCCGGGUGAAAUCGUUUAUGAGUCUCCGCUAACCAUCAAGUUUGCGAUGAACGCGGUCGGAGGGAUCUGGCAGCAGUCCCGGGCAAUUGAUUCGCUGGCCUAUGCGUGUACGAGCGUCUUACCGGUUGUUGGAUCGGCGAUACCAGCGGUUGACGAGACAAGUCUGGUCUGGGGGUUCAUCUGUGACGAAGUCGUCGAAGCUUCCAGCGAUCUGGAAAACUACGACGCAAGGGGGUUCUGUGUCAACUUGAUCGAGGAGAUAUUUGAUCUGGUUGCGAAUACGGAUGGGAUGACCGGUUUCAGGCGCAGACGCAGACAAGCAUUUCCUUCAGACAUGUCAGAGGACGUUAACGAUCCCAUCAUAGAAACCCUGAUCAAUAGUACUAGAGACCUGUACGGAAUCGACAUCAACAUGAUCAUUGGUAAUAUAUCUGAUAUUGAUAUGAUUUGCACCAACAUCAAAGAUAACUUCCUGAGGCCAUCUCUGAAAGAAAUCAUUACUACAGCCGGAGGCGAAUUGGGAAAGGCUUUUCUGCCACUGGCAGCACCGAUCUGCGAAGACUACGAUGGCUUCCUUCUACAAACCUUCCAGGUACAAUCUCCAUCACUAGGCUACAACGUCAGCCAAAUCAUUGCCGAUCUCGGGUCUCUGGGCGCUGGGUAUGACAGCAUGAACGACCUCUGUGAAGAUAUGGACCUAGCACUGUCAGUGCAAGGUGACAAUGGGGAUGCGAGGCGAAUGUUCGCUAGUGACGCUAUUACAGAUGCCUUCGGUGUCUUUGAGAAUGCCGAUAGGUGUACUACAAUUGCUACUGGUGUAAUCAACGACGUCGUAGUACCUCUGGAGCGUGUGAAUGACCCUAGCUACGAGAUCAGUAACGACGACAUAUAUAAGUAUACUGGCUUCAGUGGUGGUGUUCCUAGCGUAUGCACCCCCUUGGCAAACGCUUUUACGAAUAUUGUAGACCUGGUGGAUGCUGAACCGGUCCAUCUGAUCCCCGAAACUACGUUGACCGUUCCCUUCUUUUUGAAUGCUGCCGGAGGCAUCUGGAAACAGAGCAGACUCAUCGACUCAAUGGCUUUCAUCUGCAGCGACGUCAUGCCGGAGCUAGAAUCGAUGGUGCCUGCGCUUAAAUCUUACUUUGACCAGGCCGACUGGGAUUACAACCAAGUUUGUGAUCGGGUUCAGGAGGCAGCCAAUAACCUGGCGGGAUUCGAUGCUGAAGGUUUCUGCAAUGACAUCACCCAAAUGAUCGUUAGCUUGUUCAGUGAUGCGAGGAAACGGCGACAGGCAGUGGACCCUCCCACGCAGGACCCUCUGGAACUCAUCAAUGACAUCACCAAGAGGCUGUACAACAUCGACAUCACCGAUAUGACUACCAUCUGCCCAAACAUAGGCCAGUUCCUGGACCGGUCCAUUAACGAUAUCUAUACGGAGAUUGAGACAGAGUUGAUGGUCGCCUAUCUGCCGGAGGUAUCUCCAUUUCUGUGUGAAAAUUGGAAUAAGAUGCUAGAAUCCUACUUCCCGGGUGUCGAAAAUGCUGAUGAAUACAUCGAGUUGAUCAACAAUGGUGUUCGUAUCGUAGUCCAACUUUUGGGGUACGACAGCAGGCAAGAUCUUUGUGACAGAAUUGGCGAGGUGCAGGGGCAGUCAGAGCAAGCAAGAAGGAACUUUGCUCAAGGAAUCAUCGAAAGUUCUUCGAGCAUUUACGUCGACACAGCCCGGUGCUCCAUGUUCGCAAACGACGUCAUUGAUGACGUCAUUCAGCCGCUCUUUGACAUCUUAGGGCUACCGAUUAAAAUCAGCGAUUAUACCAUUUACCGUUACACUGGAUAUAUGGGUGUAGAAGGGGUCUGUAGAGCCAUCGAAACAGCUUUCACGGUGCUUUCUGUGAGUGAAGUAACGAUGACGCUCAAAGCGGAGAGUAUGAAUGGAAUACCACUCGAGUAUACCGACGAUCUAGCUGAUAAAAAUUCCAAUCGCUUCCAGGAAUUAGAAGAACUUUUCUGCGGAGUGACGACGAACUUUUUCACCCAGGAGCUCGGGGACGAUCUGCGAGACAUCACCUGCAGAGCUACCGCAUUUCGACCGGGUAGCAUCAUCGCCGAGUUGCAAUUUGAACUACAUGCUAUUUCGGAAGAGGCUGCGAAUACACUUGCCGACGACGCGGUCGAGCUUGCAUCCAGUGAUAGUCUGACCAUCUCUGGGGAUGGGAAUUCACUGACUCUUUCCGAGGUCCAAGUUACAACUGAUGAAAGGCCAGGUGGACGUGGAGGUUUGAGUACUGGAGCCAUCAUUGGCAUCGUCGUUGGCGUUUUGGUUGCCCUUAUCAUCGUCGUCGCCAUCAUCGCCUUCGCCAUAAAGCAAACACACCGGCCAGCACAUAACAAUGCCCCUGGUGGACGAGGUAUCGGAAUGCAGAAUCCUGGAUACACUACUGACGAGAAACCAAGAUACGCUUAAUCUGCAUAGCUUCAGGUGUAUUUCCAGCCUUGCAGUUUGGUAACCAUGAUGACGUGAUUGGAUAGAAGUCGGAGAAAAAUGGAUUUAUAAAGGUCUUUCAUCAUUACUAUCGGGAAAAUUUUUAAUUAUUUCAUGUUAAUAAUCUGUAAAUCAUGUUCUGUAUUGGUUUUGCAAUGGAGUCUUAAUCUAAAGAAUAAUGUAGCAUUUUACAAUUAUGUAACAUGAUAAAAGAUAUCAGAUUUUUCAAAUCAGUUUUCAUCCUUAUUUUGUACUAUGUUACUUUUAAUAUAGUCUUAAAGAUUUGAUAGUGAAUAUUUUACACAGAUUACAGUACUUUGUCGAUUACUACUGGUUACUAUCAUAUUUAACUCUUACUAGACGAGGCUUGAAUAUAACAACUUUAUUCAUAGCGUAAACAUUGUAUUUUUUACUUUUAUUAUACUUCUUCAUUUUUACUAUGUUAUUUUGAGAUUUAAUAGGCCUUAUUUACACAGAUAACAGUACUUUAAUAAUUAAUGAUAUUUAGGAUCAUACGCAGCUCCUAUCUAUAGGCUUUAAAGUAUCAAGUUUAUUGGUAAUUAUUUUAUUUCAUGCGUUGUUAUCAUCGUCAUGAUCGUAAUGCACUAUGUUAUUUUAUCGUUUUGACAAAUAUUAUAGAACUUUGUAGAGUUGUACUGUUAAGUAUUAUAUGAAGCCGUUUUAAUACCAAUAUAGGCUGAAUUAUGUACUAGCAUGAUGAUCGAUAUCUUAAAGAAUAUGUUUUCUUUUACUUUUUUUUUAUACGUUUUCAUCUGUACUAUGUACUGUUAUUUCAUCUCCAUGGAGAUUUCGUAGGACUAAUUUUGCACAGAUUGCAGUACUUUAUCGAUACCAAUUGAUAUCAUAUUCUGGUCAUAAUGACAUAACUAUAUAGAAAAUCCUUCUUUACCUUUAUUUUCAAGAUUGACAAAACUAUGAUGUUCAUACUUGGCUGUAUAUAUAGUUAUGGUCUAGAUAUUGUUUUAGCAACACCCUUUUCGGCUUUCACUUUUUUGUUCAAUGUGAUAAAACCCUUUUAAUAAUUUGAUCUUGGAAAAUGUGCCUUUCUAAAUGUAUAGCCUACACUUGUCAAACUGCAGGGCGCCAAUGUAAAGCAGUUUAUGAAACUGAAAAGGAUAACCCUGCAGUAUAAUACAUAAAGAAAAUAAAGAGAGAAUCAUUUUCAUGAUAAAACAGGAAUGGUUUUAAAUUCAUGAUAACGAGUAACCAAGAGUGUCUAAUGAAUAUUGGUACGACUGCAUGUAUAUCAGACU